UCAUCCCGCCUGCAAACCCCACAACAACCAUAAAACCCGUGUAUCUCUCUCACACACACGCACACACACGCAAACGCACACGGACGCGACAGCAACAGCAGCCUCCGUCGGACCCAGUUGUACCGGGACCCGUCUGCGCGCCUCCCCGCCGAGCGCGUUCCCCCGGGCGGCCUCCGUUCAGUGCGCCGGUCCGGUAAGCAGCGUCCGCGGGACGGACACCAGCGGCUCCGCGAUGGGCUCGUCCGCGGCUCUGUUCUGCUGCACCGCGGUGGUCUUGGCGUUGCUGAGUUCGGCCUCCGAACGGGAUGAGCACAACUUGGAGCAGCGUGAGGUCACCUUCGACAAAAUCAUGCAAGAGAUGGAACAACAACAUCCCAUGUUGCAGAGAGAAAUAACUUUUGCAGAGCUCUUCCCAAACGGGUUCCCAGACGAUUCCCUGGUGGUGUCCCCACCAGAACGUUUUGAACGCAUAAACGACAAAGGUCGUCUAAGGUUUGGGCCCCGUUCUUUUGGUGGUCCUCCCAUUCUGGACUACGAAGUUCAGUUCCCACUCGGGCGCCCAACCUCCGACAAUCUCCGAGCCAUCUGUGUCAACGGAGACCGCCGUCCCAGCUACCCGGAAUCUUACUUUCCUGCCUCCGGCUUUGGCCAGCAGAAGCGGAAAGCCAGUGCUGUGAAUAAAGCCGAGUCCUGGUUCAGCACAUGUUGCCAAGGAAACCAGACGUGGGGGACGGAACUGACGCUGUGUUGCGCCACUCAGGCGUGGGAGCUGUACAUCCAAUCCUUCUGUGAGGAAGCGUCGUCGAUAAAGGACCGUCUCUAUCAUUGCUGCAAACUGAGCGGCAACGACGAGCUGGCUUGUUUCCAAAAUGACGCUCCGAACCCAAACUACGAGGCAACGGAGGAGCUACCGGUUCCACCGCUCCCCUCUACAGGCGUCUUCCCCUUUGACCCUAGCACGUGCCUGAGGACAGAGAUGACUCUGCAGAGUGUCCAAGGACAGACUAGAGCGACGGAGAUGAAAGCGUCUGCAGCUCCCCAGAAGGUUGACAUGAGCUUUCCUCCCGGACGACCCACCUCUGACACAAUUGAGGCGCUGUGUCGCAACCAGAAACGGCGCCCCCUAUAUAAGACCAAUUGCCCGAUGGGUGCUAGACACGAACAUCUGGCUCGUCAGGCAAAGACCAUUAAUCGAAUUGAAACGGGAUUCAAACAUUGCUGCAAAAGGAAGCAGGCUGCGCUUGACUGCGCUGAUCAGAAGUGGCGCGAGGAGCUCGACAAGUACUGUGUGGACAAGGACGGUGGACGUGUGGAUUUUCGCUGUUGUUUGAGCGACGUGUCAGAUGAUCGGUACAACUGUUUCCAAGAGGUUUCUCCCGACCGACAUUACAACAUGACCUCUGCCCCUGAAGAGCUCUCCCUUCACAAGAUCUGUGACAUUCCUAAGAUACUCAGUAAGAAGCUCCCUGCUGGGUUUCCUCUUACGAGCUUUGUGAACCAAUGCUGCCACCUGUCUGAAGAAAACAAGUCUGCUUGCAUUCAGCAGAAGCUUGCGAAGGUAUCAGAGAUGUGUUCAUCUAGGAGGACCUCUCACCAAGCUGUCCGUCGCUGUUGCAGCACCUCUUCACCGGAGUCGGUACAAUGUUUCUCCAAAAUUCUCAUGGAUGCCAUCUCCAAAGCGACUAAUGUCUCACGCCAAAAGAAAAGGAAGAGAUGCCCUCUUAAACGUUUUUGAACCUUUGCCGCUGACCCUACUGGCACCGGCCAGCUAGCAGCAUAGUUGACCUUGCUUCUAACUGCCAUGUUAUUUGCUUUCUAUUAUCUGGAAUCACAUUAAAAGCAUUGUUAUCACAAGAAUACUUAUAAUGAAAACAGAUAUUUUUAAAUGCUUACUUUGUAAAACAGGCGUUUGUCUGUGUAACUUUAGUCAUAUCUACAACAGUUCUGAUAAAAAGCAUUCUUAAAUGUAGCUGCUGUGUUGUUUCCUGUCUUCUUACAAGCACGCUUAUGUUGUUGGUUUCACCAGCACAGGUGUGCCUGGUAGGCUACAAUGAGCUGACACAUGUAAGGGGACAAAAUGUGGACUGACUGGUUCUCUUUCAGGUGGCCAGAGGUCAAAAUAUCACUUGAAUAGAUUUCCAAAAAUAAUCAUUCAAACCCAAUCAUUAUUUUUUUCAGUUAUAUGUACAUUUUGUUUGAGAUGGCACUCAUAACCUUCAUUGUCUUUGUGAGAUUGCAACUCCACAAUAAACAGUUUUUAACGUCU